AUGGCUCCCUCUACUCACUUCAAGCUCAACACGGGCGCCCUGAUUCCCGCCGUCGGUCUCGGAACCUGGAAAUCCGAGCCCGGAGAGGUGGCAAAGGCAGUAGCCUUUGCCCUCCAGAAUGGAUACCGUCACAUUGACGCAGCAUUGAUUUACGGCAACGAGAAUGAAGUCGGUCAGGGUAUCAGAGACAGCGGUGUACCCCGUGAGGAGAUCUUCAUCACCAGCAAGCUCUGGAACACCCACCACCCCAACGUCAAGGAGGGUCUGCAGAAGACUUUGGACGCGCUGGGCACCGACUACCUCGAUCUCUACCUGGUGCACUGGCCUGUUCGGCUUGUUCCCAACGAAACCAGCGAGCUUCUUCCAGUGAACCCAGACGGUACCCGCUCGGUAGACCGGUCAUGGGACCAGACCGAGACCUGGCGCCAGAUGGAGGAGGUGUACCGAUCUGGCAAGGUCAAGGCCAUCGGUGUGGCCAACUGGUCCAUCCCCUACCUCGAGGAGCUGCGCAAGAAGUGGACGGUCGUGCCGGCUGUCAACCAAGUCGAGCUGCACCCGUUCCUGCCGCAGCAUGAACUCCGCGAGUACUGCGAGAAGCUUGGCAUUCUUCUGGAGGCGUACUCGCCUCUGGGCUCCACUGGUGCCCCCAUCAUGAACGACCCCGAAAUCCAGCAGAUCGCGGACAAGAACGGCGUCUCGGCCGCCACGAUCCUCAUCAGCUACCACGUCAACAAGGGCGUGGUGGUGCUGCCCAAGUCGGUGAAUGAGAAGCGUAUCGCCAGCAACCGCGAGGUCAUUGCGCUCUCUGAAGAGGAUUUGGCCGUGCUCGAUGGGCUGGCGGCCAAGGGCAAGGCGCAGCGGCUGAACACACCGCUGUGGGGGUUCGACCUGGGCUUUGCGGACUGGUACGGUCCGGUCAAGGCGCAGUGA